AAGACUCUGCUCAUUGUGCAGCAAUCACUCGCUGAAAUGCGGUUCGCGCGGUGUCUGCGUGCGACUUCAACACACAUAUUAUUAUUAUUUUGCUGAGCGGUACGUUGCUCGCGCGCUGACGAAACUCCGUUCGAAUUCGGCGCGAAUAAUAUACAUAAUAAUAUUUAUACAUCGCGUAAGCGUUUCGAUAUCUAAACCGAUCUUAUAUAGUACAGUGUUUGCGGUCAUAACAGUAACGAAAAAAAUAAAUAAUAAUAACAAUAUAAUUUAACAAUACAUAGAAUGUUUACGGGUCUAAUUGUAGUGGUAUAACCAUAAUAUUAUAAUAGUAUUGUAGUAUAAUAUUAGUUCCUAUAAUAUAGUGUACCUAGCAUUAGUAUGAAGUGCUAGACACCGUAUAUACGUAGUAAUGGUGAUAAUAGGUAAAUACUAAUUUUUUUUUUUAUCAUGCGUUCGUUUUGUAUUGUUUUUUUUUUUAAUCAAUCAUUAAACGCUACAAUAUAAUAUUAUUAAUAUGGUGAUUAAAGAACCGCCGUCUAGGCCCGACGUCGUCGAAAGAUUACGUUGUUUACCGAGACAAAGAUAUGCAAGUAGUUCCAUCGACUUAACAUCUUUCCAGGACUCCACCCAUGGGCAUGACUUCAAUCAAGGUCAUAGUCGAGUAGUCAUGACCAGAAAAACGGAACGGAGGAUAUUUGUCGCCCCUUCAAAAUUGGGACAGAAACCCAAGUUUGAGACUCUGACCAAAGAAACCGUGCAGACGUUUCGGGGUAACAAAACAGAAAGGAAAGUGACUUCUGAAACGAAAAACAUAGAAGAUACUAUUGAUAACAAAUUGGAUGGGUCUGAUGACUUCCUUUCAUCGUUGUCGCCGUCAACUUCGUCACAAGAAUUAAAACCAUCGUACAAACAAAAAUGUUCAGCUACAAAAUCACAAAAAAAAAUAAUCAUCGACAAUAAAACAUUUAUUCAAGAAUGUCUGGAAGCACACAAUCAAUACAGGAAAAAACACAUGGUUCCUCCCAUGAUUCUGAGUAAAAAACUCUGUAAAUAUGCAGAAGAAUGGGCGAACUAUCUAAGCGUCAAAGGUCUACUGGAGCACAGACCUUCGUCGUCGUACGGUGAGAAUCUGUUUUGCUCUUGGACGUCGUUGCCCAACCACAGGAUCGAAGGCAGGGAACCGGUGGACAGUUGGUACGAAGAAAUCAAAUUUCACCCUUUCGGCCGCGAACCCACCACCCUUAAAUCAGGUCAUUUUUCACAGGUAGUUUGGGCGACCAGCAAAGAGAUGGGAGUCGGCGUAGCGUCCAAUCGUUCCGGCCAAAUAUUCGUGGUCGCCUGUUACGAUCCGGCUGGAAAUUUUCUCGGCCAGUUUAGAGAAAACGUUCCACCUGUCGGUGGUUUUAAGGACGCGCCGCUCAGUCCUCAUCUCUUACAGCUCGCGUACACGGACGAACAGUUGUACGAAGACAGUUUAAAACUACAUAAUGACUACCGACUGAAACACGGUUCCGGGCCGCUGACUUUGAACAAAAUGUUGUGUCGCAACGCGCUGACCUGGGCAAAAACGUUGGCCAAAGACGACAAAUUCACCCAUCAACCAGAUACUCCUUUUGGCGAGAAUUUGUUCAGCAUUUGGUCGUCGAACCAAGUGACGGCCAGAGACGCGAUAUGCAACUGGUACAGAGUGGGAAAAGAUUACGAUUAUUCGAGAGAACCGAGAAUUGUAAAAGCAGGACAAUUCACUCAACUCAUUUGGAAGGGCUCACAUUCCUUGGGUAUAGCGAUGGUGAAAGGCAAGUCUGGAAGAAUUGUGAUCGUCGCAAAUUAUAAUCCGCCUGGCAACAUAAUGGGGAAGUUUAUGGAUAACGUUCUAAAGCCUAAUUAGACCAUUUAUGUGUUAUCUAUAAACACAUUAGUCAUACACUUACAUUCCUUUUUAUAUUUAAAUAUCUGUUUUCAUUCUUUUUUUCUUUUUUUACUUACAAUCGUUAUUAUGUAGGUAUACUAAUUUCGAAAGUAUUAUUAUUGUCUUUCAUUUAAAAAAAAAACAUAAUAUUUAUGUACAUGUAUAUAUAUAUAUAUACAUAUUAUACGUAAUAUGGCUAUUAAAUUAUAUUAGAAUUGUAUACUACAUAUUAUAUGCGCAAAUUACGGAGUACUAGAAUAUAAUUUAUAGACGAAUCAAAAUGUUCAAAUGAAUAAUAUACAAUUAUUUUUGCCAAAUUAUGUUUAUAAUAUUUGAGAUUAAUAUUUUAAUAUAUUUAUAUAUUAUUAGUAAAUAUACUUGAAAAUGUACAAUGCAUUGUUUUGAUCGUGUCCGUGUUUUCUUUCUUUAAUAAGAAAUGUAUUUUUUGUAUUGUAUUAGCUAUAAGCCGUUAUAAUAUUAUGAUGUAAUUAAGAAAAAACGUUCGUAAAAAUGUUUUAAAAGCUUAAAUCAAAAACAAAUGUAAUUCCAUGAAAUCAUUCAAUAUGUUGUAGACAAUUCAAUAAAAAUAUACUACAAAACGUUAAAUGCGAGUAGAUAGUAAUUAGACAGUCGAAUACAGAAAAAUAGUCAAUAUUCUAUUGAACAAAAUAUUAAUAAUUAUUGUAAUCGAUCAUUACGUUAUUUAUUUAAACACAAUUAUAGAUUAGUACUGGAAACAAUGGAAACUCGUUUUAAGUAGUGACUAGUGAACUAAAAUAUGAAUACAUGAUUUGAACUAUUUAAUUGAUUGUCUGGACGUUUAUUCGUGUUAAUCAUGUACGUUAUUAGUAAAUUAAAUCAUAUAAAUUUGUAUUUGUA